AUGUCUCUGAACAAACUCUCAACCUGCCUCUGGUUCAACAACAAAGACGCAAUGGAUGCAGCGGAGCAUUACACUUCCAUUUUCAACUCGGCCCCGGGCCAACCCGCAUCGGGCCCAAAAUCCAGCAUCCACCACACCCAGCGCUUCCCCGAGGACCCGGCUCUCUGCCACGGGGCGGAGCCGGGAUCCGUCAUGGUGGUCGACUUCGACCUGCGGGGCCAACGGUUCGUGGGGCUGAACGGCGGCGACCAAGGGUGGGGAUUCAACGCCGCCGUUUCGUUUCAAAUCUUUUGCGAAGACCAGGACGAGGUGGAUCACUUUUGGGAGAAGCUCUCCGAGGGCGGCGACGUCUCCAAGCAGGAGUGCGGUUGGCUCGCGGACAAGUUCGGAGUCACCUGGCAAGUGAUUCCGAGGUCGGAACCAGUGCUCGUGAACACUGAUGUAUUCAGGCGCAAGACCCGAGACCCUGAGAAGACGUGA